GGCGUGUGAUUGGCCGCUGCCGGACCACGUGCGCGGCGCCGACCAAUAGGAGCCGCGGAAUCGAGUUUCCCGCGCGUCGCGUCUCGCGCCUCGCUUUGAAAGUGAGAGCGGAAGUCGGCGUCGACUACAGCCGCGGGAUAGAGCUGGCCGAGAGAAGCCGUGGCUGCGAUGGAAGAGGCGAAUUCGAUUCUCAAUCGAGGCGUCAUGCAGCAGCUGGACUCGCUGGAGGCUCGAGCCACGGAGCUUGCGCGGCGGCAGCUCUCGGCGCAGAGGAAGGAUCACGAUCUGCGGGACGCGUACGCCGAAGUACUUCGCCUGCGUCGGCGCAGAGACGCCCUGCGCAAUGAGCUCGCCCGCAGACCCAGCAAGAUUUUGGCAGAUGUGGUAAAGUCACCGACAACGAAAAUACCGCGGGAUCCCAUCAUCGAGCAGAAGCAAGCCGUCCUGAGGGCUAAAACCAUCAAACUACAAUCCAUGAUGCAUCUCUACAGUCUGGCAGGCAUUACUGCACAGCCGAUAUGGGAAAAGGGUACGGUGAUUUUCACGCUGGGAACGGCAUUUGGGGGCGAGUACUACGAGAGCUACUAUGUGGAGGUGAAAAAGCAAGAUCCUCCGCGUUUGCUCCGACACUCCUUCCCGCAGUUUGUGCCGCUCAAGGAGCUGACAGAGAAGCACCUGGCCAAGAACCUACAGCAUUUCAUUUGGGUUCUCGGCGAUUACCUCAAUGCUUUUGUUGCGCGCAGAGAGCAAGUCGAACGCACCAAGAGCAAGUUCUCGGAUAUGCUGGUGGGAAGCUUUUCCCACAACGCUGCAAUCACCACCAUGCACUUCAAGUAUCGGUUCACAUUUGAAGAGCAAAACUUUGUGGUAGCAGCCCGUCUGGAGUACUCCAGCUUGUUGAGAGUGCUGCCUGGCACCGUCACUCUCUCAUUGAAAGGGGUGCCAGAUAUCUCCUCAAACCUUGAAAUGAUUCUGGAGAAACAGGAGCAAGAGUUUAAGUCAAAACUUCUUUUUGAGGCUUUUGGCAAUAUAUAGAUCUCUUGCAAAAAGUCAUCCCGGGACUCAAAUAAUUCUAGUUGUUACGCUUAAAGAAGUAACCAUUGCCCUUUGCAGCAUUUAACAAAGAGCUGAACCAGAUGGUAUUAUGCAAUUCAGAGAAUCAGGACCAUUUGGAUCAAAAUUAGCAGACCUCUUCACGAAAUGUUUAGCUGCAGUCGUACACUAAUUGAUAGUUAUGAGAGUUGGCAACAUUGGUAAGGAAAAGUCAUUUUUAAUAAAUUUCUUGUACAUAUGCAAUUUUAUUCGCUAGUUUUUAGUUAAAUCACGUGUUGAAAAAUGUUCCUAGCAUCUACCUUGAGACUGCCAAUCUAAUAUGUCUUUGGCAAUCCUGAAAGCAAGCUGCUUUCCAUUCCGAACUCGAGAAUAGCUGUACAUUUUUUGUAGCCAAGAGCACAUGGCCUUCUACACCCAUCAGGGUGCCCCCUGGCAUCCAGAAUCGGGAACAGCAUGGUCAAGUCCAGAGAAUCGAGCCACAUGCCCAAAAUGGUAUUGGUUGUGAGUGCUUGUCAUGCAGGUAGUAAACCUUGUCUUUGGUUCUAUGAAGUCAUCCCACCAAUACCCCCAAGAGUUUGAAGAGAUUCGGUGACGAAGAAAUUAAGCUGUCCUCGGAUGCCGUCGGCGUUGAAGUUGCUGAUCCAUAAAGGACAAGGAAGCACGCAAAACUUGAUGACGUGUAUAUUUAACAAUGCCGCUUUCCACGUUAUCCUUGAUUUUCAUGACUACUUAAGUCAAGCAUGACAUUAAAUACAGUAGUUGAUAAAUUUAAAAAAUACUAUUUUGAACUCGAAAAAUAGCUUCUUGCCUAUGUAAGGGACAAGAAUAAAAUAUUACGAAUUGAGUUACAAGAUACGGUCCACUACUUGGAAGUGUUGAGGAUGUUGACUGCAACAGCUGAGCCGUGCAGCAGAAGGAAGGACAGUGGCACGGUAUGGCAGCACCCAAUGGCUGUCGUGACCUUGGAGAAAUCCGUAAAAUAGUUUUAUAUGACUUCCCUAAAGAUAUAUCAGCUGUUUGUUGACUAUACAUGGCUUUGUAUAUAUGCUAGAUUUAACAUAUGUUUUAUAUUUAUGCUUUCAAAUAUUUUAGCAUGUAUGCUAGUCCUGUUUUGUCAAGAAAUAAACUGGCUAACAUUA